UGUAAGCAAUAGCAGAAAUCAGAAAAGACGAGCUGUGAAAAUGUCAGCAGACUGGUCGAAACUGCUUGUUCCUAUGUUCUGCUCUGUUAACUAGUGGCUUUUGUCACUUACACCCUUCCUUGGUGCCCUUUGAGUUUAGUCCUGAGUUUAAUCCAAACGGUGAUUGAUUAACCAUGUCUGUGUGAAUAAAACAUCGAGUGCACCAGAGAAUUCAGUUCCAUGGCUUCGGAGGACUAAGUAACAGAGCUGACUAUGGAGGAACGCUGCAUACUGGCCGUCAUCGGAGAAGAGGGCAUCUACCAGUGUUUUGCACCAUGCAUUGAGAAGCAUUUCACAAUAAUCUCCUAUAAGACAUUUGCUCAGAAAAGGGAGCAUUUUGCAGACAAGAUCCAGGCCAUCUUUGUGUGGGGUGGAUCCUUAAAGGUUGAUCGCAGUCUGCUACAGUCUUUGCCCAAACUUAAAGUUGUUGUGAAUGGUGGAGUAGGAGUGGACCACCUGGAUAUACCUUUGAUCAACAGCUUUGGAGUGAAGGUUUGCAACACUCCUCAUGUCGUCGACAAUGCCACGGCGGACAUCGGUAUGGGCCUGAUGUUGGCAUCUGCAAGGAAGCUUGUUCAAGGCCAUAACUUUUCUAAGUACCAUGAAUCGGAGCGCUUAUCGGAAUGCUCUUUGGGUAACGAUGUUAGUGGUGCCACCCUGGGGAUUAUUGGCAUGGGAAGAAUAGGAUAUAAGGUUGCCAAAAGGGCCCAGGGUUUUGACAUGAAGAUCCUCUAUCACAACAGGAACCGAAGGACAGAGGAGGAGGAGAAAGCAGUGGGAGCUGUGUACUGUGAGAAGAUGGAGGAGCUGCUGAAGAAAUCAGACUUUGUCAUGGUGGUGGUCAAUCUGUCCCCUCAGACACAGAAACUAAUUGGGGCUAAAGAACUGGCCAUGAUGAAACCCAGCAGCACCCUCAUUAACAUCAGCAGAGGUUUAGUUGUUGACCAGGAUGCAUUAGUAGAUGCCCUCCAAAGGAAAAUCAUAAAAGCUGCAGCUUUAGAUGUGACAUACCCCGAGCCGCUUCCCAGGGACCACCCCUUAUUGUCAUUUCCAAACGUGAUUGUGCUGCCUCAUAUGGGGACGCACACAGUGGAGACGACCCAAGUCAUGGUGGAGAGAAUGGUGACCAAUGCCGUGGCCGCUCUGAACGGUGAACAGCCUCCUAAUGAAGUGAAGAUAUAGGCCAGGCUUCACACUUAACACACCCAUCUAUCGUGCUUCCCUCCAGAGCUACUUUAAAUCAACACUGGUUUGAGAAACUUCAGAAACAGUUGAUUAUCCUUUGAUAACUCUAGACCAAUAAAUCUGUAUGGUAAUUACAUGAAAUCAGUUAUGUAUCACAAUGCUAUGUGAAAUACAGUACAUUACUUAGGCUUUUUAAUUUUUUUUUUCAUGAAAAUUUUGGGUAACUACACAGAGUACACAGCCUAUAGGCCUUUAUUAAACCCUAAUGCAUAAUGCAUUAAAACAUAACCCUUUACACAGUAUUCAUAGUGUCCAGACAUUUGUGCUUGUGAUGUUAUUUAACUACAGACUUUAUUCUUUUGCAAAAGAAAUUGCAAAUUGCAAAAACUAGAUUUUUUCAUAAACUUUCUAUAUAAUAUGGUUCAUUCAGAGUGGUUUGAUGUGAAAUGGUUCAUUAAAAACAUACUGACUUCCUGGUCACAGUGUCUAUAAUGCAAAUAUAUCCAUCCAGAAUAUUUACUUUGACAAAAUGGUCCUGACUGAAAUUCGGUUUGACCUAUAUUAAGCUAAAAAUGGUACAAAAAAACAAUUUUUGAUGUUUUAUCUUAUGUGCUUUAUUAUUUUUUGGAAAUAUACACUUAUUUCAAACAUUUGGGCACUGGGUUUUCAACCUAGCCUUUUACGCACAAAGAUUUCUCUGAAUUCCCUAUGCGGGGUAACAGUGAAGGAACUUAAUUUUUAAACUGUUGGGUUUUUUGCUGAAGUAUUUUUGGCAAAGCGGUGAGCCUUGACCCAUCCUUGCUCUUAAAGGACUCAGCCUUUCCUGGAUGCUACAUAUCUUGUCUUUGUGCUGUUUUUGUUUAAAUACAGGUCAAAGUGGAUUUAUACAUCAGUGCUUUUUACUUACUGUUACAUGUGUAUUUGAAUCUUCAAUAAUGGUUAAAAUCACCUGUUCAGAAUUUUACACAUUACUACUGUUGUUGAUAAAAUUUUAUUUAUCUCCAUAUAUUUAAUAUGACCCGAUGUCAUGACUGCUGAUUAGACGAAACCGUUCGACUUAUUUUAUAGCAGUAUUGGUUCAAUAUUGUUUAGGAUGUGUUUGAGUUCCUUACAGAUUUACAGAAGGGAAUUUUAUAAACGCACAGUGGGUGACCUGUGGUGUGACGAACAGAAAAGUAAUAAAUAAAAGAUGUUUUGAAAUUCUGA